GCUGACAGCCGCGACCAUCCAAGCGCGCGCGCGCACGCAUGCACACAGGCGCGCGCACCAACACAAGAGUGAGUACACGCUGAGGAAGCUCGCUCAUAAAAGUUCUGACGAUGAUUCAGUUGAGAACCCGGACAUGUUUGUUGCUUGGAAGUCUGAGUGUGUUGGUCAUCCACUUCCUUUUGGAUCUUAUAGACCAAAAGAACAUUGGCCUCCAAUUAGGCGUGAAAGAGGGUCACAAUGGCAUUCAGGAGACCACCAACCAAACCAAAACCUUCUGGGAAAAUCAAGUUUGUCAUCAAAACACAUCGGUAGCCAACAUGACAGGCUUCGCCGCUCUUCCUGUUAAUAUUCGAGACUUUCUGUACUAUCGCCACUGUCGCCAUUUUCCUAUGCUACUGGACGUUCCUGAUAAAUGUGGCGGAGUUGAGCAAUCAGGAGAUGUUUUCCUCCUAUUGGCCAUUAAAAGCUCUCCUGGAAACUACGAGCGGCGAGAGGUGUUGCGCAAGACCUGGGCCAAGGAGAGACUACACAACGGGGUUUGGAUCAGAAGGAUCUUCCUCUCGGGUACCACCAAUCGAGGCUUUGAGAAGAUGAGACUGAACAAGCUCCUCCAAGCAGAGCAACGCGAGUACAAAGACAUCAUCCAGUGGGAUUUUGCUGACUCCUUUUACAACCUCACCUUGAAGCAAAUGCUUUUCCUGGAAUGGAUGGAAGGAAACUGUCCAAACGCUCGCUUUAUGUUAAACGGUGACGACGACGUUUUUGCCAACACGGACAACAUGGUGGAGUUCCUCCAGAGUCUUAAAGACAACGAUGGACGUAAACAUCUCUUCACCGGUCACCUGAUCUACAACGUCGGACCCAUUCGGUCGCCCGGGAGCAAAUAUUACAUCCCGGUUCAGGUGCAGGAGUCGGACUCGUAUCCCCCCUAUUGCGGAGGCGGGGGAUUCUUGCUGUCAGGCUACACAGCUUCCAUCAUCCUCAAGAUGUCCCAUUCCAUCACUAUCCUUCCCAUCGAUGACGUUUACAUGGGGAUGUGUCUGAAGAAAGCGGGACUUGCACCGAGCUCGCACAUGGGGGUGAAGACAGCAGGACUGUACAUCCCCGCCAAAAAUGUAGACACGUACGAUCCUUGCUAUUAUAAAGAUAUGCUGCUGGUCCAUCGAUUCCUCCCGGCUCAGAUGUACCUCAUGUGGCAUCGAAUACACGACCGUACGCUUAAAUGUACUUCGGCAGAUGUGACUGUCAGGUGAAAGCAGAGAUUGUAACGUUUGUUGCUUGGAUUCGAGCGGAGUUUAAUAGCGGCAUGGUCCGCAUGCGGCCAGGCGGUCGGACACACACACACAACGCGGGACGUCGUGUGGAUGAUCAGCCGGGGUCACCAGAAGGAAUCAGUUCAACCUCUUUUCAUGAGAAAUAAUUGUUCAAUUGCCUUUUAUGUCCAACAACAUGAAUCCUUGCUUGAUUACAAUCCCAAGGUUAAAAAGAAAAUGUCAAAAAGGUCAAACUUGAAGACCUUUUUUUUUUUAUGAUACUGAUAUUUUGUAUUUAUGAAAAUGAACAUUUUAAUGGAUUGAAAAAAUGAUCCUCAACGAAUUACAGUUGAAAAACAUGGUCAAAAUAAUUCAAAUCAUAUCACAAGACUCUUGAGGAUGUAAAUGAUCGGAGGGGCAGCUUAAAGAAUAGCAAUGACGUCAAAGUGUGUGCAGGAGUAAACAAACUAUUUCCUUGUUCCACGUUUUUAACGGUACCAAAAGCUGCCUAAAAUUGCAGGGGGGGAAAUUCUUUGUAAUAUUCUGACUUAUCUUUAACACAGGAAAUGUAAAACUAGGGUUAAUGUUACACUUGGGUGCAGUCCAAAAAUCAGAAGCUGUAGGAAUGUAUUUACAGCAGAGGAUUGCAGUUAAUUUUUUUUUUUUGCUGACAAUACUGUGUGUGAAGUAUUUUUUUCCUCUAGUGUCAAAACUAAAUGCCAAUGUGCUGGAACGUAUAUCAUAAAAUCUUGGAUUGCUUUGCUAUUUAAACACAUGCAAGGGAGUUUCUGUGUAUAUUUAAUUAAUGUAUGCACUGGUACUGAUCUAUUUUAUUUACUUAAGGUAAUGUAGGACUUUGUGAAAUGUCAGUUUUAAUAUUGACUCAGGGUUUAUAUGAUAUUAUACUGUGGUUCACAUAUGUUAUAUGUGAUUCGCAAUGUUCACUGUGAUUCGCAAAGGAAAACCGAGGGCUCUGUACACAGUACUUGGGUGAAAUUAGUGUACAUUUUUCGAGUUUCUUUUAUUUGGACCUCACAAGAAGAGGUCAUGGUUGCAGUUCAUCUGCCAUUGUUGUUGCUCCACAUGUAAAUUUGUAUGUAAAUAUUUAGGUCAUUAAUAAAUGGAAAUAUUUACAUACCA